GUUUUGAUUGUGUCGUUCCCAAAGGAGGUUAUCAAACGAGCGAUAGUUUUAUUGAUAUAAAUUAUACUUUUAGUGACCCACAAUUUGCGAAUUUUAUAUUUUAAUCUCCCUCUUUCUGUUUGUUUGGUUGUUGCCUCUUAUUUAUCUCAUUACCGUUCGCAUUUUUCGUCGCAUUUUGUCACUCGGUUUGUUUUGCGUGUUCGAUUUAGGUUAAGAAUAAAAUUAUUUUUUCUUCCAUGUCUCAAAGGAAAUCCUCUACUAGAAGUAUCUUUCACCAUGUCUAUCGUCAACCGUAUGAAUCUUAUUCAUUCAGGACCAAGCUUCAUAAUGCCGCGAAAGGCAGCAAAGAUUUUGUGCAACGGCUAGGUCUGCUAAAGAAGCUUGCCAUUCACAAUGGCUGUGUUAAUUGCAUCUCCUGGAGCGAUGAUGGUCGAUUAUUACUGUCAGGAAGCGAUGAUCAACAUCUCAUUGUGACCAACGCUUACAAUCACAAGAUUUUAACUGAUUACAAAACAAGUCAUCGAGCUAAUAUCUUCUGUGCAAAAUUUUUACCCUGCACAAAUGACAGCCGUAUUGUCUCUUGUGCCGGUGAUGGCUUGAUCUUAUACUCAGAUGUGACACGCCUGAAUGAAACUCACCAAAACAUAUUUAGUUGUCACUCUGGGACCACCUAUAAACUCGUAACAAUUCCCAAUGAUCCCUAUUCUUUUCUCAGCUGUGGAGAAGACUCAACAGUACGAUGUUUCGAUUUAAGGAUGAAACAAAAAUGUAGCAAGCAGCAAUGCACCGAGGAUGUUUUAAUCAAUUGCGGGCGCGCAGUCACAGCUCUAGCCGUUAACCCUUGGGCUCCCUAUCAAUUUGCUGUAGGAUCAGCCGAUAGCACUGUUCGUCUCUAUGAUGGUCGUAUGCUCAGUAGUAAACCAGAAAUUGAUGACACUCCGUCGCCAAAUUAUCUUUGUUCGUUUACGGUACCUUCAUUGGCCCAUGGGGCAUAUCGAAUUACAUCUCUAGCCUUUUCACCAGAGGGAGAAGAAAUUUUAGCCAGUUACUCAGCAGAAUAUCUCUAUCUUUUUAACAUAAAGAACUACAAAAAAUGUGAGUUUAACCCCAGCUCUGUCAGGACAUCUCCUCCAAAUAAAAGGUCCAACAGUCAAAAUGUUGCAACUCAGAGUAGCUUCCCAGCAGUGCGGAGACUACGAUUAAGAGGUGACUGGUCGGAUACAGGCCCAGAUGCUCGACCAGAACAAGAAUUGAAUAGAAAUACAGAUUCUUCACCUGCUAGACGCUCUAUACAUGCAAUUUUCAUGCAAAGAAUGACAAAUGCUAUCUUCCGAAUUUUUAACAGUUCAGUAAAUCGAGACGGUGCAACUCAAGAAACACAACAAACAGAAAAUUCAACUGAGGAACAGGAAUCUACGGAAGAAACUAGGAAUGAAAAUGAGGGUGGAAUCGAAGAAGAAAACUCACCUGUUGAUGAGAAUAGUCGCAAUUCUUCAACCAGCGAGUCUCAAUUAUCUGACACUGAUGCAUCCACAAGCAGUCCAUCGUCUGUCCAAAGGAAUGAGACGCAGGCACCCUCUGUUUCAUCAGCAGCCUCUCAUCCAAGCCAAGAGAACGUCCAACUUCCAUCUUUUGAGCAGACUUAUUCAUCUCUAGUAAAACAACCAAAAUCAUCUCAAUCAGGCUCUUCUGUUUCUCAAUCUUAUGCUAACUGCGGUCUCCGUUUCAGUGACUCAUCAGCUGUCACUCCAUUAACCAUGAAUCAACCUUCCACUAGUUCUGUUGCUAACUCCUCACGCCUGGCUAAAACCUCCAAGUCAUCGCAGGCUGGAAACAACAGCAAGGUUUCAGUAUCCAGCUCUUCAUCCAAUUCACUAGCUCGACCAUCACGCUCUUCAGUUGCAACUCAAACUGAAUUUCAAUUAAAUUCUUCAUCCACUGCAGUUACAGAAAAUAGCUUCACACUUGCCUCUUUCUUGACAAAUGUUCCUCAGAUGUUGUCAACGUCCCAUUAUCUCCGUCAAACUGAUGACACAGUGUCCUCAUUGCUUCAAAAUGAUACUAGGCGCAGCACUCGGGAUAGCCCAGAAAGUCCACCUCCUUCACCUUCACGGGGAAAUAUCGUUCAGGUGGAGCAGAACUAUAGUCCAGAGAGUCCACCUCCAUUGCAGCAAGGAAGUGUUGUUCAUGUCGAACACAGGUACAGUCCAGAAAGUCCGCCUCCAUUGCAACAAGGAAAUAUUGUUCAUGUUGAAGAUACCUAUAGUCCAGAAAGUCCACCACCAUUGGACCAGGGAAAUAUUGCUCGCACCAAACGCAGCUAUCGUUCAGAGAGUUUACCCCCAUCGCAGCGGGAAAAUGAUACUCAUAUGGAACUUAGCGAUAGUCCAGAGAGUCCGCCACCAUUGGACCAAGGAAAUAUUGCUCGUACCAAACGCAGCUAUCGUCCAGCGAGUCUGCCCCCAUCGCAGCGGGGAAAUGAUGCUCAUAUAGAACAUAACUAUAGUCCAGAGAGUCCGCCACCAUUGGACCAAGGAAAUAUUGCUCGUACCAAACGCAGCUAUCGUCCGACAAGUCUGCCCCCAUCGCAGCGAGGAAAUGAUACUCAUAUGGAACUUAGCGACAGUCCAGAGAGUCCGCCACCAUUGGACCAAGGAAAUAUUGCUCGUACCAAACGCAGCUAUCGUCCAGCGAGUCUGCCUCCAUCGCAGCGGGGAAAUGAUACUCAUAUGGAACAUAACUAUAGUCCAGAGAGUCCGCCACCAUUGGACCAAGGAAAUAUUGCUCGUACCAAAUGCAGCUAUCGUCCAGCGAGUCUGCCCCCAUCUCAGCGGGGAAAUGAUACUCAUAUGGAACAUAACUAUAGUCCAGAGAGUCCGCCACCAUUGGACCAGGGAAUUAUUGUUCAUCUUGAACACAACGAUAGUCCAGAGAGUCCGCCCCCUUUGCAGCAGGGCAGUAUUCUACAAGUUAGACAUAGCUCGUCAAUGGACGAAUCCUCAAGUCAUUCUCAAGAACCAAAUAACAUGUCUUUAGAAAACUGUGAUAGUAAACAAAAUUCAAACGUCGAAUCUAACAAUGAAAGUGAUAAUUGUACAAAACUCGUCAGGGAGCCUAACACAGUUCGUACCUGCCACAAUGUUCCUCUUAGUAAAUCAACACCCUGCUGCUCAUCCGAAGUUACUACAAUCUCUGUUGAUAGGGAUAGUGUUUGCAAAAAUGAAAACUUUUCAUGCAGUGAAAGUGCCAAAGAAGCUAGUAGCAAUGAAUCUCUGAAUUUUCAUAGUGUUAAGGCUCAAAUCGACGCUAUUUCAUGUCAAGUUUCUAGUAACUCUGCAGGAUCAACGCAGGAGACUGAAGACUUUAACGAUCCGUCGUCAUCAUCAAGCUGUUCUAGUAAUUGCUCAGAUUCAAAAAUAGAUGAGUCUUGUAAUCGCAAGGCUAUUAUUUUCUCAAAAAAAGGUAAAGGUAGAGCAGGGAAAGUGUCUCAAGAUGUUGUAAUGCGUCCCAGAAGUGUCUCUGCCUCCGGUGAACAAGACAAUAAAAAAUCAUGUGAUUCCAAGAAAGUCUUUUCGUCUAGUAGUUCUCAAUGCACUUGUGAUUCUUUUAGCCAAAAUUCAAAGCUAUCUCACCAGUCACCAGGAUCUUUCGCUUUUUCCAAUGAUUCUCUCUCCUCUAAGGCUCAAAAUUUUAUCAGUUCGAAUGAUCUAAGUCAGAAUGAAAUCGGAAAUGAAGAAGAUAAUGAUUUGGUGGAGCUCCUUGAUAGCAAUGGGAAAAAAAAGUUAGAAAAGUCUGAAAUGCACAGUAGCUGUGAAUCCAUCUGUGAGAGUAAAAAUUUCGAUGACUAUGGCCAUGAGAGUGAUCUAGAAGAAAAUGAAUACCCGUUUAUCACGCAAAAAUAUACAGGUCAUCGUAAUGCAAGGACGAUGAUAAAGGAGGCAACUUUUUGGGGGAAUGAUUAUGUCCUUUCUGGUAGCGAUUGUGGCCAUGUAUUUGUCUGGGAUCGCUGGACAGCCAAAUUGACAAUGCUGUUACAAGCCGACAAUCAUGUCGUCAAUUGCAUUCAACCGCACCCGUUCCAACCGAUUCUAGCCACCUCCGGUAUUGACUAUGACGUGAAACUCUGGGCACCAAUAAAUGAGGAAUCAACUUUUAAUGAGGAAAAAGCUCAGGAGUUGAUGCAGAGGAAUAUCAUCAUGCUUGAAGAGACAAAAGAUACAAUUACAGUUCCUGCCUCCUUUGCUCUCCGCAUGCUAGCUUUUCUGAGUCAUGUUAGACGAGGAAGAAGAUUGUUCCCAAAUGAGCCUGAACAGAACUAAGUGUGAAGUCUCCCGAAGAAUCCCCAAGAAUCAUCGUAAAUGGCUCCGAGAAAUGCCAUUGACAUAAUUUGGAAUGUUCCUGAAAUCAUGAUUUUUUUUUUUUUUCAAACAGACAGAUUCAGUCUGAAAUUUUUAGAAACUCAAAUUUGCAGAAAAAGGAAGGGCAAACCCCUCCAAUGUCUGAAAAGAAACAUUGUUAUAUAGCUAUUGUUCAGCUACAGGACUUUUAUCUUUUCAGUAUUCGCAGAUCAAUUUCUAAAAAUGCAGGUCAUAAGGAUAGAGCUAAACAAAACAGUCACUUUUACAUUGUGGUGUAUCAAAAUUUCAAGGCCUAUUUUAAUUUUUUGGAAUUAACCUUUAUACAGGCCAGAAAAAUCUAAGCAAUUUUCGAUGAGGAAUGUUUUUUAGUUUCCUUCUAAAAAUCAAAACAGGAGAUGAGAUUUUGAAACACCCCAAUGUAGAUUUCACUUUUUUGCCUAACUUUAUCCAAAUACUGUUCUAGUAGAUCUCUUUUUGAUUCUUAAAAGCAUUUCUCAGCAUGUACCCUUUUCCAAUUUAAGAUUAAAAAUUGUCGGUUUGGCAUAGAACAGCAACAAAAGGUAGAAGCAGCGUAUGAAAGUGUCUAUAUCAUUAGGUUGGACGCCUCAAGAAAUGUAUCUGCCCUCAAACCGGUGACUGAAGUAGUAGGGUGUCAGUCCCUGCCUUACCUUACGUGGGUAGUAUUACAUGAAUAUGGAUAAAUGGUCAGAUUAUAGUUGAGUGAAGAUCUGCCUUUAUAACUCUCAAUUAUUCUGACAUGAUCUCUAUUCAUAUUAAAUUUAAAUAUUAAUUUUUACUGUUGCAAUAGUCUUUGAAAAAAUAAUUUUAGUAAUUCUUACUAACCAUUAAAGUAUUUUAUCAACCCACAGCACUUGUAACCAUUAUCAGGUGUAUUUUUAGUCUAAUAGGCUCUCAAUAAUACUUUAUUUUCUAAAUUGUAAAAAUCUGUUGAAGUUUAAAACCGUAACUUAGACUUUAAGACUACAAAACGAAACUGUGAUAUAUUGAUUGAUUUUGAAUUAUGCAGGCAAACCUUAACACGACUUAAAUGUUAUGAAAUAGGGUGCCACAAUGUUAUACUGCCCCAGUAGCAACCAAUGUUAAAAAACUUUUAAAAGGUACGAAAAUAUUAAAAAAACAACUCUUAAAAGAACUGUUAAAAUGUUCAUUUUAGGAAACCCUUUUUGGGUAUGUUUUUAAGUAAAAUGUAUGCCAGGUAAAAUUCAAGUAAUCUAUACGAAAACUCUCAAAAGUAUAAACUGUUAGUAGUUUUUCAACAUUCAAAAUGUUCCAAAAAAUAUUGAAAGACUUUUAAAAAAUUUUAAAAGACUUUUUAGGUAAAUUUAAAAUGAAAUUUAUUUUACCUUAGAUAUGGCCUGAAAGUGUUUUCAGAAAUGGAUAUUUUAACAGUUUUCCACGAAUUUUUAAAAAUUGCUUUCAAAGGUUAUUGCUACUAGGGUGCAGCUUUAAUUACUGAUGAAGAUUUUUUUAUUCACUGGAGCUGUUGCUAAUGAAACAAAGAAAAAAAAACUCUCUGUUUUUAAAGCCAAAAGACUAACUCCAAAAAGGGAGGAGCAUCCCGAAUUGUUGCUUAUUGUUUCUGUUUUUCACUACACCACAUGACAUCAGUAUCAAAUACUCUUCAUAUAGUGUUGGCAUUUACUGCAAAGUGCAGUUUACUUUUGCCAGUAUGUAAAUUUACACAAGUUUCAUGUGAUGGUAAAAAUGAAGUACAGUUUUCUGUAAGUGCUAUGAUUUUUUCACAUUUUAACAUCGAACUUGUAUGGUGAGCCUGAUCGCUCUGUAAUCAAAUAUUACAGUCGAUUGUCACGAUUGAUUGUCAUCGUAAAUCGUAACUGGCGGUUGGUUUGGCUACAAUUUACUAAAUUUACCGGUGUCAUACUCUUUUAAAGUGAAUAAAUAAGAACAGACUACUUGACAGGAAAUGAAAUUAAGCACUGCAAGAUAUGUUUCCAUAUCAAAGUUUUACGCAGAAAACAAUGAACAGAUUCAAACUUUCCAAAUUGAACUUUAAAGUUAGUAAACAACAGCGCUCAAAUAUGUUGACUUAAACAAUCAUUCACCAAAAAAUAACAAGAGUCUGCUUAAGUCAAAUCCAUUUCAAAAUUAAUCUUGGUAUAUUCUUAAAUGGAAGAAUUUGCCAAUGUAGAUACUAACUUUUUUUUGACGAGAUUAAAGAUACCUUGUGUUUUUUUGGAGCGUAAAGUUUGGAAAUACUCUUAUAGUAAACUACAAACGUUUAUCUCUCACUUCUGAGUCGCUAUAGGAAAUUUUUGAUACACUUCUAUGGUAUGUAAUUUCUUACUCUGUCCAGUGGUCAAUUGUCUCGUGUAAAAAAAGUAAUGAAAAAAAUUAUUAUAAUAUUUAAGUCAGAAAUUUUUUUGUGGAGUUGGAACAGUUUAUUUGAGCUUCUGAAAAAUCUGCCAGUGAAUUGUUAAAUUACCGUUAUUAUUUUGAAAAGGUAAACUCUUGGAGGAAGAUUUACCUGAUUGUUUUGUUUACUGUUUGCUCUUGACUUUGAGGUUUAUCUAAAAACAAAAUGUCAAUCACAUGUUUGAUGGUUUGAGAGAUCGAUUAUGCAAAGUUUCAACUAUCGAAUUUUGUAACAAAAAAUGUUUUUUUAGUGAGCUUUCUCCCGUCUCCACCCUUAUUUUUUCGUAAAAAAGUGAAAAAAUGAUUAUGAAGGUGGAUUUUCUUUUAUGGGAGGUGUUAUGUUGGAGAAACCACAGGAUUAAUUUUAUUUUGGCUCUUAUUAAGUAAAGCUAAAGAUUUAGUCUUCUCUUUAAGCAUUAUCAAGAACACAGAUUUAUUUUUUAUAACUUCAACACUUUCUUUAUUUACAUUACAUCUUGUUAGUCUUUUCAAUGAUAGGAUGUCAAUUAUUGACGCAUAAUGUUCUGUGCUAUUUUCUAAUUGCAACUACAUGUACUCUCUCUGGUUAGAGGCCUUAAAUGGUUUCUAAAUUUUUUUAUUCUCAUUAACAUUGAUGAUUUAGAAAUAAUUACAGUGUAAUUGUCGGGAAAGGAUUGAAAAGGCAACUAAGCUUUCAUUUAGUAAAUAAAGUUAACUAAAAAAAAGAUUAAAAAUGAGUUCCAAAAUGCAUUUUGGAUCAACUUCAGCCAAAAAAAUUUUCAGCUCACCAACUGUGUGACCAGGUUGAUGGGGGAAAAAAGGAAAAAUUUAUUAGAUAAUUUUCCAAAUAAUUUAAGAAGUUCUUCAUUUAUUAAGAGUUUCCGCUCAGGGCCCCACUGAACCUUGUAGCAUAAUCUUUUUUCAAUAGUUAAAUUAGGUCAAUUGAAUCAUUUCUAUUUCAUCAGGAAAUACUUUAAUUAAUAUUUUUAAAUUCAAUGAUAACUUUAUUUCCAUAGAUUGUUAUGCCUACUCACCACAAGUCUAUAACACCUGUAAAAUCACUUAAUUUAAACGUUGCCAUAACUUCAACCGUGACACUUUCCGGGAAAGUGGGGAAGAUUUUUAAGUUGAAUUCAUAACUUUGCCGUUUUUCUUGCAAAACGCUUGGAUUAUAUCAGAUAAUGUGCUCGUUAAGUGUCAAUAUAAAAAGUGUCAAAUAUCCGUUGUUGAAAGGACUAGAAACUAUACUUUGCCAGCUCAACAGUUGGAACAGCCAAGCGCAGAAAAACCGUUUUUCUUCAAAUGACCCUUUUCCAUUUUAAAAUAUUAAAAAAUUGUAUGUUGUUCACGUUUUGAAUUCACUGGCAAGCACUUCUGAAACAACACAUUAUGAGAGUAGUAAAUACAAUUUGUCCCCAUUUUUUAAAGAAGGGCAACAACUUUGGCGAACAGAAAAUGUAAUACCAAACUAGUUUGGUGAGCUCAGAAUUUUAGAUUGGUUUCAGGUUUGCUUUAGGGUGUUAUCUGAACCCUUGGGUUUUUUUUUUUUUUGUCAACGUCCAUCUUUAUGGGCAGAGCCGUGGUAGGACAUUAAAAGUAAUUUAAGAACUCCUCAGUUUGUAGACUUUUAACAGGGUUUCCAGCUAUUUGAAAAGCAAGGUGCUUGCUAUUUGAUUGCGUAGUGAUCUGGAAAACUGAAAAAUUGCAGCAAUUGCUAUAAGGCCUCUUUCUCUUCUCUGAGAUGCUCGUGGAAUUCAAAAUAUUGUCAAUUUUUCUCCCCCUGUUUCAACUGUCUAAUUUAAGUUAAUACUCGUAAACUUAUAAGAGCGCAUGAUAAUCUCGAAACCAGUUAUCAAUUUUAAUUAGUCUUGCCGAACUUUUGAGUCAAAAAUGUUUGAAUUAUUUAGAAAAAUUAUGGGGGAGGUCUCAUACUUGGGAAUCUGUCAAAACUCCGCAGGAAACCCUGUUUAAUCAGUAUUGGUUCUUCAAUUAAGUUCCAACCACUCUAGUCAAUCAAAUAAGUCGAGCAAUAUCUUGUCAGAAUAAAAUUAUUCAAAUUUAAAGUCAUAGAGGUAAGAUUGUUUGAAGAGCACAGAACCAUUAUCUUUUUUCCUCCACCUAGGUCAAUGAAAAAUGCGUACACCCUAAAGGGUCUCUUCGCUAAUUUCACAUCAAAAAAUGAAGCUGUCUUCACACUACAUAAGAAGAAUUGAAUAUUGAUGACUAAAGGAAAGAAAUGCAUAGGUAUCUGAGCUUGCAAUGAUGUAACCCUGAUGUAUUCCUGUUUAAUUUUUUUUAAGUGAAAACUAACCUACAGUUUCUAUUGAAAUUGUCCGUGAAUGUCUGUUCCCAUUCUAAAAAUAUCACACAGAAUUGCAAGGAAACAUUUUGAUUAGUUUUUUUCGAAAAACAUAAAACAUAAUCGGAGAAUUUAAAACGUUGCAAUGAAUAUUCGCAUUUUUCUCGGUUACCGUAGAUGUAAUGUUCGUGCUGAUUUUGAAAUUCACAUUGAAGUGAGUAGAAUUGCCUUUGAUUGAAUUCUAAAACUUUUAUUAGCCCUCAGGUCAUCGAUUUCCUCUCUCCUUUCUUUUUUGAAAAGAAAAUUUAACAACUCUGAUUAUUAAUGCUCUUCGUAAUAAAAUCCAUGCAACAGGGUAAAAAAAUGAAGGAUUAAAAAUUUAAGAAAACUGUGAUUUUGUUCACCGAUGAUACUUAUACCUAAGAGAUUACUGAUGAGCUAUGAAGCGAACAUAAACUAAAUAUUUAGCUUUUUGUUUUUCUUCAAUCUUACUUUUAUGAGCCAGCAAUCGAGCGCUUUUUUUAUGGUUCGUAUAAAUGAUCUUUCUAGCAUGUUAUGAUGUAGGUAUGGAUAAAACUCCAUCGUUAACUGUAUUUACUACAACAAAAUUGUUAAUAAAAGCUUAAUACCGAUUACUAAA